AUUCUUGUCACUGUCAGGCAAGCCGACAGCCGUUCGUUUGCCUCUUGCGCGAAAAUCUGUGUCCAGUGUAUUGAUAAUUUUGUUUUGUGAAACUUUACUGAAUUAAAAAAAAUAAUUAUAGUUUACUUACUAAAACUACUGUAAUUGCAGCUUGUAACGAUGCUGGUUAAAAAAUUAUUCACCCUUGUCUUCAUACGUAAGGAAGACCAAAUAUUAUUGGGUUUUAAAAAGCGGGGAUUCGGCAUGAACAAAUGGAAUGGUUUCGGCGGGAAAGUGGAACCAAACGAGACAAUAUUAGAGGCUGCAGCGAGAGAAUUGAAAGAAGAAUGCUGCCUGACUGUUAAACCUAGCGACUUGAAGAAUAUCGCGCAUCUAGAGUUUACUUUUGAAGGAGAACCUACAUUGAUGGACGUCAGAGUAUUCUCCACAAGCAUAUUUGAAGGAACGCCGAAGGAGACUGAAGAAAUGAGGCCCAAAUGGUUCAGACAUGAGGAUGUGCCUUUUGACGAUAUGUGGCUCGACGAUAAACUAUGGUUUCCAUACAUGCUACAAGGUAAAAAGUUCUUUGGCCAUUUGCACUAUGAAGGUUUUGAUAAGAUUUUGAACUAUAAAAUCGAGGAACUUGAUUCUAUGAAAGCUUUUUAUGAGAACAGAAAAACUAAAUAAAUCCAAACACUUUAUUUUAAUGUUUUUUUAUGAUUGUGUUGGCUGUAAGCUCCUUUUUUGUUUGUUAUAAAUUGUUUUGUCUUUUUAUAUAAUUAAGUUUUAAGGAAAGUUCCUGUGAUCAAUGAGUGAUUAUUAUAUAAGUGAACAAUAGAGCGUUUGUUGUCUCAAUGACUAUAAAUAACAGAUAAAGGCACAGCAUACACAAUGCAACAUUGUGGUCACAUAGUUCCAUAUAACUAAGUGCUGAUUCAAUCAUCAUUAGAAAGAAUUCAUUACAAUGUUAUUACAAUAGGUAGUUCUCAGUAUUUUAUAAUUAAUUACUGUGAUAUAAAGCUUA